AUGAGCGAAUACGACGACGAGGCCCCGCCCCGGCGCACCGGGGACCUGUACGAGCCCGAGGAGAUGAUCCUCAAGCCGAGCAAGCUCAACUUCCGACGACGGAUGAAGUCCGAAGCGGUGAUCCGCCGUAACAUCUGGUUCUACCGCGACCGCACCGGCCUCCCGCGAGGUCCGAUGACGAUCGACACCGUGAAGAAGUGCUGGAUCGGCGGCAUCAUCGACGAGCACACGCUCGUGUGGGGCAACGGGCUCGGCGACUGGGUCCCGCUGCGAAACAUUCGCGGCAUGGGCCACGUCCUGAACGACCCGCGGACGCGCUUCCUGAAGUGGAUCACGCAGAAGGUCGCGUUCCCUCGAGCGGAGGUCAGAGCGAACCGCGACCGGCUGUACGAGGAGGGCAAGGCGGCGUCGCCGGUGAUGAAGUCUCGCGAGGAGGUAGCCGCGUGGAAGGCGGCGCGAGAAGAGCGGCUGUCGAGCGGCGAGGAUAACUUGAUGUUGUCCAUGUCGCUCGCGCUGCCGACCCCGGGUCGCGCGGCGGAGCGGAUCGGGGCCGCGGUCGAGUUCGUGCGCGGGAAGAUGAAGAUGGGGGGGAAGAAGGCGCGCGCGGAGGAGGAGGAAAACGGCGGGCUUCGACGCGCGUGAGCGGCGGCGGCGGCGGCGGCGGCGGCGGCGGUCGAGGGAGGAGGAGGGUUCUUCGUUCUGAUGAGCGCACUUUGUGACGACGCGAUCGAUGCGCG